GCGCAGCACAUCUCAAAUAGCAGAGCACGCCGCCCGUGAGACUCCCAAGAAACUUGUUUUCCCCACCGAAUCCAAAUCUUGCGCGAGAAACUCUGCAAUGGCGUCGGCGGCGUCUGAAAUCGAUCCAGCUGCGGAGCCCCAAGUCGUCGACGUCGUCGUCGACGACGAGUCGUCCAGCGCGAGAGGCGGCGAAGAGGAGGCGCCCCCGGAGGGCGCGAAGGUCGAAACGGAGGCGGACGAGGGGGAGUGCGAGUUCUGCCUGUACAUGAAAGGCGGGGCCUGCAAGGAGGCGUUCGUGUCGUGGGACGACUGCGUGCAGGCGGCGCAGAAGGAGGACUCCGACAUUGUUGAGCGAUGCUCCGAGGCCACCGUCAACCUCAUGAAGUGCAUGGAAACCAACACCGACUACUACGGCAUCCUGCUCCGGGCCGAGCAGCACGUCCCCGACCACACCGAAGCCGCCACCGCCGACGCGGACAAGAACAAGGGAGAGGAAUCCGCGCCCUCCCCGGCCACUGAUGAGACGAAGAAGGAAGAAGCAGGUACUGAUGCGAAGGAGGAGGUGGUUGAGCAGGCUGAUUCCUCCACCGCCGACGAGGAGUCCAAGAAAGAAGAAGAAGCUGUGGAGAAGGUCAAGUCCUUGUCUUUGGGUAACUAACAAUUGGUGGGCAACUUUUUGAGCUCGUGGUAUUUUUUGCGUUCAGUUUGAGUUAUGAUCGGACAGAGGUCCAUGAGGCUAAUUUGUAUCCCCUUGUGGGGAAAUAAAGGUCGUUCUUCGAAUAAUUGUCGGACAUGACACACAUUUUACUGAAGUAUUUCUCAAUGCUUU